GGUGUGCGGAGGAGAUAUCGUGGAACGACUCGCGAGACAAAAUAUUCUAGUGAAAUAGGGUUGCAGGUACUGUUUUUAGCGUGAAAAAUUGAAAAAGAUGUUUCGUUUAGCGCGAGCAUCUUGUGGGGUGAGUGCGCUUAUGCGAACGUCUAUUAGAAUUUCCCAACUUCGAAACAGUUACACGCGGGUGGCUCUCCAAUGCCGCGCGAUCGGUUCUGUCAGUAACUUUCGACUGGGUGCAAGCGUUCGAACGUUUUCCAGUUUAAACCACAAUCCUGAUGAUGCGGGUGACGCAGGCGCAGAUCCGGCAAGCGAUGCUAUAUCUCCCGUUACCGUGCCUGAUUAUUGGCCAAAAGUGCCCGUUUUGGCGGUGAACCGCAAUCCGGUCUUUCCGCGUUUUAUUAAAAUGAUUGAGAUUUCUGACCCCGCGCUAAUACAGCUUAUCAAACAAAAAGUUCGACUAAACCAGCCGUAUGCUGGUGUGUUUAUGAAGAAGGAUGACAAUCACGAGGGGGAUACCGUGGCCACUCUUGAUCAGAUUUACAAUGUUGGCACGUUUGUACAAAUACACGAGGUGCAGGACAUUGGUAAUCGACUUCGGCUAAUAGUGAUGGGACACCGUAGGAUCAGGGCAAAUAAGGUGUUAGGCGAGGAUAGUAUCGUAGAAAAUGAGCUCACUGGACCGCGAAGAAUUAAUGGCAGAAGAAGAAAUCGGCGGAAUGGAAAUGGCCGGCUAGCUGAAAUCCCAAAACAAAAUACCGCAACGGGUACUAAGAUUACGUCAACGGAACCGCCCAUGGUUAAUGGUGCUGUAGACAUAGCUCCAGAUGUGAAAGCCGGCAAAGUACUUAUGGUCGAAGUAGAGAAUGUCAUUAAUGAGCCAUUUGAGACAACUGAAGAGGUGAAAGCUGUCACGCAGGAGAUCAUUAAGACGAUUCGUGAUAUUAUUGCUAUGAACCCAUUAUACCGUGAGUCGAUUAAACAAGUGAUCCAUUCGGGUCAUCAAGUAGUGGAUAAUCCCGUGUAUUUGUCAGAUCUUAGUGCAGCUUUAACUGCCGGCGAGUCGUCGGAUCUACAGAGCAUACUUGAGGAACAGAGUAUUCCUAAAAGAUUAUAUCUAGCUCUAUCACUGCUAAAAAAAGAGUUUGAACUAACGAAACUUCAACAGAAGAUUGGACGCGAGGUUGAAGAUAAGGUAAAGCAGCAGCACCGCAAAUAUAUGUUGCAGGAGCAGCUUAAAGUGAUUAAGAAAGAACUUGGUCUUGAAAAAGAAGAUAAGGACGCGAUCGAAGAGAAAUGUCGCCAAAAAAUGAAGGAGCUUAAGAUGCCCGAACAGGUGACAAAGGUCAUGGAGGAAGAACUUAGCAAACUCUCUUUUCUCGAUAAUCAUUCGAGUGAGUUCAGUGUCACUCGAAACUAUCUGCAGUGGCUGAUUUCACUACCUUGGGGAAAAUUCUCUGAAGAAAACCUUGAUAUUAAACGCGCAGAGCAAGCACUUGAAGAAGAUCAUUAUGGUAUGGACGAUGUGAAAAAGCGGAUACUGGAAUUUAUAGCUGUGAGUCAGCUAAAAGGUAGCACUCAAGGAAAAAUACUGUGCUUUUAUGGUCCCCCGGGUGUUGGAAAGACUAGCAUUGCUCGAUCUAUCGCUAAAGCACUGAAUCGUGAAUAUUUCCGAUUUUCUGUUGGUGGCAUGGUUGACGUAGCGGAAAUAAAAGGUCACCGGCGCACCUACGUCGGGGCAAUGCCUGGUAAACUUGUUCAGUGUCUUAAGAAGACCCAAACAGAAAACCCUCUCGUAUUAAUCGACGAAGUUGACAAAAUCGGACGUGGCCACCAAGGGGAUCCGAGUUCCGCUUUGCUCGAGGUGCUCGAUCCUGAACAGAACGCAAAUUUUCUUGACCACUAUCUUGACAUCAACAUCGAUCUCUCAAAAGUGUUGUUUAUCUGUACAGCUAACGUUGUCGAUUCUAUACCUGACGCGCUUCGAGACCGAAUGGAGAUGAUUGAAGUGAGCGGAUACGUGCCAGAAGAAAAAGUGUCUAUUGCUGAAAAAUAUCUCAUUCCUCAGGCAAGAACCAGCACCGGCCUGUUAGAAGAAAAAGUAUCUAUUACCACCGAAGCAGUGCAAAACCUCAUUCGGCAAUAUGCUCGUGAAAGUGGUGUGAGAAAUCUGCAGAAACAUAUCGAAAAAAUCUUUCGUCGAGCCGCUGUUAAAAUUGUUAAUAAGGAAAGUGAUCAUGUCGAUGUGAGCCUGAAUAAUCUUCAGGAGUUUGUGGGCAAGCCUAUUUUCGUGAACGAAAGUAUUUAUGAGGAUGGAACUCCACCUGGCGUCGUUACUGGACUCGCCUGGACAGCCAUGGGUGGUUCCACAAUGUAUAUAGAGACAACGUUAACUGACCCACUCGAUAAGAAAGAAAAGGACAACAACAGCAACCACAAUAACGGCAGCGGCAGGAGUUCGGUGCAUAUUACGGGGCAUCUCGGUGAUGUUAUGAAGGAGAGUGUUUCCAUAGCGCACUCGUUUGCCAAAAACUUUCUCGCCAUGAUCGAGCCAAAUAACAAAUUUUUGCAGGACGCUAACAUACAUCUACAUGUGCCAGAAGGAGCGACCCCGAAGGACGGACCUAGCGCCGGCAUAACGAUGACAACUGCUCUGCUUAGCUUAGCAAAGAACACUUCUGUGUGCAAAGGGAUCGCUAUGACUGGCGAAGUGUCACUAACUGGAAAGGUCCUACCUGUCGGCGGAAUCCGUGAAAAGGUCAUUGCGGCGAAGCGCAGUGGAGUAACCCUCGUUAUACUUCCGGAGGGGAACCGCAGGGACUUUAGCGAUCUUCCGGAUUUCGUGCGUGCUGAUAUUGAAGCAUACUUUGUGGGCCACUACAAUGAAGUGUACAAAAUCGUUUUUGAGGAUCACCAAACCCCCAACAGCUCGAAUAAACAAGCUCAGUCUUAGCUGCGUUAAUAUGCAUUUUCGAGCUUGACUUACUGUACAAAGUACUGCCGAGUAGUUCAUGAUUGAACAGGUAUGAUGAUGACAUUAAUGGUAUUCUCAGAAGUUUUAAUUGCACUUGCAAGCGUUUCAUACCCCAGUUAGUAUCCGUUCCGUUUGGUCGCGUAAUAUGUUACGGGUGAACACCUGAGUGCUUUUAAGUGCUUUGUGAAACGAUGAAGUGAGUGUAAUUGCGCUUUCUUUUUUUUUUACUUACUGUUGACUAUAGCGAAGUCUUCAAUAUAGAUUGUUCGCUGUGUAUGCCAAAUGACACACUUAAUCAACAUGAAGCGAAGGACUGUACCGCAUGAGUCCAUGCAAAAACACUACGAAUAUAUACGUACAUAAAAUAGAGUUCUAGAUGCCCUUCGAUGUGUAGUUUUGUAAAAUGGUGGUAUAUACGUGUUUCAAUUCCAAAUUCUUGCGGACUGUUGGCUCGUUGUUCUUGCAAAGAACACAAAGGAUUCAUGACUAGUGUUAGAUCUAAAAUAUCGAGAAAAACAAUAUACAAUAUACAUAUAUGGAUGUUGGCUAAUAUUUGUAUAAAUAAACUAAUUAAUAAAGCAG